AUGUCCGCGAAUGGAGAUGUGCUCCGCGAGCGGUUUCUCGCCACCCCGCUGGUCACCAGGCAUCUCAUGGCGAGCACCUGGAUAGUUUGCCUGCUGAACCCGAUAUUCGGCGUCGAUGAUCUGCUCGUGGCCUCCCCGUACGAUAUCAUCCGCAAGGGGCAGCUGUGGAGGCUGGUGACGUCCAUCGCGUACGUCCCCGGGCUUAUAAACGCGCUCAUCAUGUCUUUCGUGCUGUACAGGCUGGGCAGCGCGUGGGAACAGGAGAGGGGUAGCAUCAGGAUCCUCUGCUACUUUCUGUUGGCGAUCGUCGCGACGAACGUGGGGGUCUGCGUCCUGGCCAUUCUCGUGGCGCCGCUCGCCCCUUCCGUGAUGUCCCCGGCAUUCCUGUGCGGACCCGGGAUCUUGAGCGCGUUCCUCGUGCUCAUCACGCGAUCCUCCCAGGGGUACGCCGGCGCGUCAGUGUCCAUCCUCGGGCUGUUUACCAUGCCGACCCUCUACUUCCCUCUCCUCCUCCUCGUGUUCUUCGCCAUGUUCGGCGCGAACCCCCUGGAGAGCGCCGCGUCCGUCGGCGUGGGAUACGCUUGGGCGCGGGGGUACCUCGACCCGGUGGUUCCGUCCGACGAGACGUUGGCGGCGAUGGAGCAGUGGCCGGCGGCGGCGGGAUUAGUUCGAGCGAGGGGCUACGUCUCCGUCGCCGCGGCGGGACCCACGCUACCGUCGACGUCCGCGUCAGCAGGCGUGGUAAACGUCGCGGGAGGAACCCAGCCGGGCCGGGACUCGGUGAACGACCUGAUCGCGCAGCUGAGGGAUCACGCGUUCGCGGGUGGGGCGAGGUCUCGAGGCGCGCGGGACGGGGUUGGCGCGGGGGGGGCGGGGCGGAGACUCGGCGGGGAGCCGGCGGGCUCGGCGGCGGCGGGGGUCGGCACGGGGCCCGCCGCCGCCGCCGCCGCUUCUCGUGCGCCAGGGCCUCCGCCUUCGCGGCAGCAGCUGCCCGCGUCGGUGUCCUCGCCGGGGUCCAGCGGCGCGUCCGCCGCGGCGCGAGCUCACGGACCGUCCGCGCCGGGUGGUGGGGGUUCGGCGGCGCAGGCGCAGGCGGCGGCGGUUGCGAGGGAGCCGACGAGGGAGGAGCGCGCGGAGGCGUUCGCGCGGGCGCACGAGAAGCGGCUGCGGGAGCAACGGGCUGAGCAGUCGGCGGGCUGA